AUGCCGCUCACAGUACUGUCCGGAGCACAGCUCCGCUCUCUGCUCCAUUCGUUAACGCGCGAUCAGAUUGCUUCGAUCCAACAAAACCUAGCGAAUGCACUACGAGACUACUCUGUCGGAAACCAGGACUCUGGAUGCGCCGCUACCUUGCAGCCGCGGAGAACGGCAGUAACCAGAAAAUGCGGACGUACUACCAUAUUCAUGCCUUCGAGCACUCGCGAGUCGAUCGGGAUGAAAGUCAUUUCGUUACAGGAUAAGGGCAGCACACCGGGAUGCGAAGUCGAAACUGGGGAGGACCUGCGCGGUCUGAAGAGACUCACUGCAGGAGAGGCUGGCUCGCGGAAUUCUAUGGCCUCGGUCUCUUCAGAGAUGAGCGAGAUGUCGCUUUCGUCUCAGGAGGACAACGCGACUGAGAGGACUUCCAGCACGUCUAGUAGCGGGAGCGAUCCUCUUCCAACGGCUUCUGUCGAUAAGAAGCCUAUUGGGAAUGGGAUGUCGAAGACGAUGGGUGCGUGGCCCGCAGCUGGGUCCCGUGAUACCUCGCCGCAGGGGAGCGUCACGCUGUUCGACGACAAUAGUUUGCCGUUUGGUCUAAUUAAUGCAGAGGAGUUGACGCCAUUCCGUACCGCGUUGACGGCGACAAUGAUUUUCAACAGGCGCAAGAAGGUGAAAACGGUUGUAGUAUUUGGCGCAGGCAAACAGGCUUACUGGCAUAUCCGAUUGGCAGUCAUCUUACGCGGCGCUGAUAUUAAGCGCGUGUUCAUUGUCAACAGGUCAUUUGAGAGAGCAGCACAGCUGCUCCAGGAGAUCUAUGCGCCGGAGAACGCUAGCUGGAGGGGCGACGUCAAAUUCUCUGCUGUUAGCAGCGAGUUUGGAGAGUAUAAACGGAUCCUCCAUGACGCAAUCAACAAGGCAGAUGCAAUCUUCUGCUGUACACCAUCUCUUGAACCGCUGUUCCCUGCGGAACUUCUUACCUCACGAGAAGGUAGGCGCAAAGGUCGACUGGUAAGUGCCAUUGGAUCAUACAAAUCACACAUGACGGAGCUACACCCGGAUAUUCUUCGGGAGGAGGUAGCCGUGCAGACACCGCACCGCCAUUUCCACAAGCAUGUCCAUCGCAGCGGGAUUGUCGUCGUUGACAGCCUCGACGCAGCGAUGAAGGAGGCCGGCGAGCUCAUCCAAGCAGAAGUCAAGCCGAACCAAGUGGUGGAGAUCGGCGAGCUGUUGAUGGUGCGGGAUGCUACGAAGGACUCGAAAUCAGCUGACGACGAAAAGCACCUGCGUGAAUGGGUGGAAAAGGGAAAUGUCAUAUUCAAGGGCGUGGGGUUGGGCCUGAUGGAUCUCGUCACUGGGAGCGAGCUGCUCGAGUUGGCGCGGACAAGAAAGAUCGGCACCACAGUGGAGGAUUUCUAA